AUGGCUAUUGAUCCAUUAAUCGGCCUCGUCGGGAAACCCUCGUCUGGCAAGUCAACUACCCUAAAUAGCUUCACAACUAUCGACCCCCAGCGCGCCAUAGGCUACCUCCAGGUAGACUGCGCGUGCAAACGUUUUAACGUCUCGGAUAAAUGCAAGCCCAAUUACGGCGGUUGUCACGAAGGGAGGAGAUCUGUCCCAAUCGAGCUGCUUGAUGUUGCUGGGCUUGUUCCUGGGGCGCAUGAAGGCAAAGGACUCGGGAAUAAAUUUUUAGACGACCUACGACAUGCGGAUGCGUUGGUACAUGUGGUUGAUGUUAGUGGGACGGUUGAUGCCGAAGAGGCAACACCGGUCGAAACGCUACAAAAUCAGUUUUCUGGUUACGGAAGCACAUCGAAAGUCGUGGCGCGAUGUCUUGACCGAUUAGAUAUAAAAGAGCCCCUUCAAGAAUGGUCGGAUGAGACCGUAGAACGUGUUGUCGUUGCCUUUAUAGAUGAAAAAUUCCCCACUGUGCUCGCACUCAACAAAAUUGAUCAUCCAGAUGCUGACAAGAAUAUAAAUAAAAUUGCCAAGGCUCAGGACCCGCAAUCGAUUGUUUUGUGUUCUGCCAUAUCAGAAGUCUUCCUUCGAAAACUGGCUCGACAAGGAUAUAUCAAAUAUGUCGAAGGGAGUGAUGUUAUAGAUACGAGAGAGGAUCUAAUAGAUAUGGGUGAUCCUGAGGGUGGUGGCCUCAAGGAAAUGGAUGAGAAAUUGAAGAACCGGUUGGAAAAUGUCAAGGAUUUGGUUUUGUAUCGAUUCGGAUCUACAGGUGUCGUUCAGGUUCUCUCUCGUGCUGCGGAAGUACUUGGGUUGGUACCAAUUUUCCCAGUCCGUAAUAUUCACACAUUUGCAUCAGGAACCGGAACGGCCAAUGGAGUUUUCAAGGAUUGUGUGCUUGUCAAGAAGUUAGACCCACUGCCUAUUCACAUGGAAUUUCAAGUGGCGCAUCCUAACGUUAUUUCAGGAAUAGCACUGUGGGCGACGUGGCUCGGAAAGUGA